UGUCCCUCCGCUGAACAGCUGGAGACUAGGCUCGGUGUAUUUGCACAGCGCAGUGACAAGCCAGCUGUAAGCCACAGGAAGGAGGAAAAUCACUUUCAUUUCUUUUAUUUUACCUUUAAUUACUUAACAAUGUAUAAUAAACUGAAAGCAGGCUCUACAUGAAACAAUAAAAUCGAAUUUAAAGUUUAAAUUAAUGGUACAGGAGGAUAUUAUGUCCAGGACGCCUUCCAACUCAACCCAGGAAAUCCAAAUGGACAUGUUUGAUCACCAAGGCUCUCAGCCUCAGGGGAAGUAUGCAAAGAGAAAGAGCCGUUUCAAACGUUCAGAUGGCAGCACCUCCUCAGACACAACCUCUAACAGCUUCGUCCGACAGGGCUCAGCAGACUCCUACACCAGUCGUCCUUCAGACUCUGACGUGUCUCUGGAGGAGGACCCUGAGGCUCUCAGGAAAGAAGCUGAUAGACAAGCUCUCGCCACGCUAGAGAAGGCUAAGACCAAGCCAGUAGCGUUUGCUGUGAGGACUAACGUUGGCUAUAACCCAGGCCCUAAUGAUGAUGUACCAGUUCAGGGCAUGGCCAUCUCUUUCGAACCCAAAGACUUCCUGCACAUCAAAGAGAAGUAUAAUAAUGACUGGUGGAUUGGGCGUUUGGUGAAGGAAGGGUGUGAGGUGGGGUUUAUCCCCAGUCCAGUGAAGCUUGAGAGCACCCGUCAAUUACAAGAACAGAGAAUGAGACAGAACCGCCUUAGCUCCAGUAAGUCUGGUGGAAGCUCAAGUCUGGAUGUUGCCACUGGUGCCCGGAGGCCUACUCCACCUGGAACAGCUGACUUGUCCUCUGGGCUUUAUGACGAUUCGGAUUCAGAAGUUGAGGAGGUGGAGCCUGCCAACACCCGUGACCAAAAGGGUGUGGGUGGAAGCGUCACCUCUCCUCAAGGCAACCUAUCCCGCCUCCCUUUCUUUAAGAAGAUGGAACAUGUUCCUCCUUAUGAUGUGGUGCCUUCCAUGAGACCCAUUAUUUUGGUGGGACCAUCCCUUAAAGGCUACGAGGUGACAGAUAUGAUGCAGAAAGCUCUCUUUGAUUUUCUAAAACACAAAUUCGAAGGCAGAAUAUCCAUCACCAGGGUGACAGCAGACAUCUCACUUGCCAAACGCUCAGUCCUGAACAACCCCAGCAAACACACCAUCAUCGAGCGCUCCAGCACCAGAUCCAGUCUGGCUGAGGUACAGAGUGAGAUCGAGAGGAUCUUUGAGCUGGCCCGGACGCUCCAGUUAGUGGCUCUGGAUGCCGACACCAUCAACCAUCCAUCUCAGUUGGCCAAGACGUCACUGGCACCUAUCAUAGUCUACAUCAAGAUCGCCUCUCCAAAGGUGUUGCAGAGGCUGAUAAAGUCCAGGGGUAAAUCUCAGGCCAAACAUCUCAACGUCCAAAUGGUGGCAGCUGACAAGCUUGCACAGUGUCCUCCUGAGCUUUUUGACAUAAUAUUAGAUGAGAAUCAGCUGGAGGAUGCAUGUGAACACCUGGCUGAAUACCUGGAGGCCUACUGGAAGGCUACACACCCUCCGAGCAGCAACCCCCCCAACCCUCUGCUCAACCGCACCAUGGCCACGGCCGCCCUGGCAGCUUCACCCGAACCCGUCUCCAACCUGCAGGUACAGGUGCUCACUUCCCUGCGUCGCAACUUGGAGCUCUUCGAUGGCUACGCUGCUCCAGGGCAAGGGCAACGGGAAGAAGAACACGCCCUCUAAAGACAGGGCCAGGAUUACAAUGGGAUAUUGAAGGGUCCCGUACCCAUCUCCCAAUCACAGAAAUGUAACGAUGGCUGCUCAAGAGAUAGAAAUGCCCGACUAAUUCUGUUGUCUGUCUCUGCUCCUCUCCUUUGACUGAUCUCUCAGUGAUAAAAAUAAUGCAACAAACAUACACAUGAUCAAAACAUCCCAUACGUGAUCAACAUGAUCAUAAGUCCUCUACAGUCCACAGAGUGUCCCCUCAUUCGAAACGCCUGCCGGACUUUACAGUGUCCUCUUGCUGUCUGGGAAUCGUAGCUCAGAUCGCUACCCUCUUCCAGGCUGCCAUGGCACCAGCUCUGAAAAACACACUCAUGUCCAUUAUCCUAUUAACACUGAGCCCAAAUUCUAACAGAAGCUUGUGUAUGUGCAUUGACACCAGUGUUGUUUACCCAAGAUAAACAAACGUGUGUGUGUGUGUGUCUGCGUGCAGAAGUGAGAGACUAUUAGUGCAAAAGUGAGUCAGUGAGGGAGACAAAAGAUAGAUCAGAGGCUAGAUCAGUCAGAUCUCACUGCAGUCUGAACAGUAAAAAAAAAUUAGCAUCCAUCUGCUCGGUCUUCACCAUUACACAGUUGUCUAGGAGACCAAAGUUACGUAGCUUUGAGAUGAAUAAGUCAGUUUAUCCUCUUACAGCAGGGACGGGCAACUUUGAUAGUGACAAGGGACAGCAAGUUUAUUCAGUGAAAUCAUAGCCUUUUAAAGUUUAAUUGUCAUAUCAAUCCAUAUAGCAAUUCUUAUCUUUUCGUCCCCAAGGACCUCUUAUAAUUUUGACUUUUUGUACCGUUUAAGAAGCCUUAAAUGUAAACAAUGUAACUGAAGAGGUUUUAAGGACCUGUGGAAUAAGAACAGUGGUGGGAUGGCGAUUGAAAUACAAUACAGAUUUCCAAACAUAUUGGUACCCCCAUAAUGGUACUUGGUAAAAAAAAAAAAUCUGUUUACCAUCUUGACUGGAAAAUACUGUUUUCAUGGUCAGUUUAUUAUUUAUUAUUUGCUAAUGUUUACAUUCAAUGUUUACGUGACUUGCUUUUCUAAUGUUUUCAAAUUAUUCAUCCGAGUCUAAUAUGGAUUUACUUCUUAAUUUGAUUUACAUUUUAUAUAUAUAAAUCACUGGUAAAAAUAUAAACAUAACUUAUCAGAUAAAAAGAUAGAGAUAAACCAUUUUGGGCAAUUUUUUGUACAUGCAUUUUUCAGAAGAGGGUUGCAAUAUGAGAUGCAUUUUAACUCCAGAGAUGACUGCUCUAAUUUAGAUGAUCUAAUAUGAACUAAUCUAGCCCAAUAUUUUUGAAUCAUCACAAAAAAAAAAAAAAAUUGAAAGGAGCACUAUUUAUUGUGUGGUGUGUUUGAUAUGGCCACUAGAGGGCGCUUAUGAUUCAUAUUUUUUUACAUUACCUGCAUGGUGUGCGUUUAUGUCUGCAGUUUAUCAAAUACAUUUAACUUUCUAUCGUUUUUGAAAAUCAAACCCGAUUGUAUAUUUUAAAGUAAAGUAAGAUAAUUAUUUAUGAUUACAUACUAAAAUUGCAUCUUAUAAAAUGUAGAGGUUGCACUUAGAAAACACUAUGAGCCCUGGCAUCUCACUACACAAAUUGGCUUUCACAUAAUAGCAUGAGUAAAGAAUGUAUUUAAUGUAUGACAUUUGUUAUUGAGGUUAUAGUAUUGCUUGGGAUAUGUUGUCUAACCUUUGUAUUAACAUGCUGCAUGCUCUGUUUUGUGUGUGUGUGUGUGUACAUUGGCAUGUUGUGGUGUGUUUUGGGGUUGCUGUAGGGGCCAUUCCUGGUGCAUGGAGAACAGAAGAGGGAAGGGCCUGAACGUGGCAGACUCCAAGAUUACCAGAGCGACCUGGGUGGCAAGCAGCCGCUGCGCUCCUCACGCAGCCAGUUGCUAACCAGUGGCCGAGGUCUGUCCCGGCAGGAUACGUUCGAUUCCGAAACGCAGGGCAGCCGUGAUUCCGCCUACACCGACGACAUGGAGACCGACCCGUACGAGGAGCCGGACCCGUGUCGCUCGUACCGUCUGAACCCCGCCCACCACGCUCCUCGCCAGGCCUCCUGGGAGGACGAAGGGGCGGAGCCUGACCAGGAGAACCUCAACAUGGUUCCACCACCAGCCAAUCAACAUCAGCGUGGACGAGGCAAGCUGAGGGAGCGCUACUCUCAAGACACAGAAGGCGGCGGAGCGACGACGGGCCGCAACCAUAACCAGGAGGAUUGGAGCAGAGAUGUGUACAUUCGCUAGAGCAGGUUCACCUGAGACAAGGGUGAGGACUUGUCUAGAGUGACACUAACAAGAAUCUCUAUAGUUGGAUCUGUUUACAACCCAGAGAAACACACAGUCAUUGACUAACGCUGUACAGCUAACACUCACGACAUUCACUUUACGCUAACAAAGCUCUCGGUCAUUACAUAUUUGAGGGCAACCACAUGUCCUAUUUUUCUCGGAAAGGCUUACUUCUUGGCUAGGUUUUCUUUUCUUUUUUUAAGUUAUAUUUAUGGGAUUUUUAUAGAUUCAUUGUGAGAGGACAGUUGAGAGAUGACAGGAAAGACGGGAGGAUCAGCAAAGGACCUCAAGGUGUGAAUCGAACUCGGGUCACCGUGAGAGCAGUUGCGCUACUAACCGACUUUACCGUUACUAACAGUUGUCUAACUGACUUUAGAAAUCUUUGCCUGGACAAUUCUGGCAAAAUAAAGACAUAUGGUCACCCUAAUCUAGUUUUAAAUCUGUUUUUUUUUUUGAGGAGAAUAAGCAGGAGAACCUUUCUUCAUUUCUAUUUUACUUUUGUAUAUUACUGCAUGACUGCUGAUCAUUAUAAACUUAGUAACUGUUCUCUCUGAGCAUUAAACACGAUUCAGAAUGUAUAACCAAAAUCUUGUAAGUGUAUGUUAGCGUUCGUGGUUGGGUGCGUAUGUGUGCACGCGUGUCUAUCCUCUGUAGUCUUAAACAGGGUCUUUCCGACACACAGUAGUCUUGGGAGUGUCCCACCAAUUUGUUUUCCCAGACCACACUACUGCAGAGCAUGUUUUUGUUUCGUAUUUGAUUCUAUUUAUUUUAUUUAUUGAGUCUCGAAAGGUCUAUCCAGAUUUUAGCCUGCUAAAACCUUUACCGGGCUCCACCGCUGCUGUGUACUCCAAUCCACAAGGGGUGCUGUGGUGCUCACAUGCGAUAGUUUAAUGGGGCUAAAAGCGCUAAAGUGUAUCAACAGAUGAUAAUCCAGAUCCACAAGCAGUUCUAAAAGGCUAAUAUGCAAAUAUAAAUAAGACAAUUAAGAGGGUUAGAUUUUAGAACUAAAAGCCCAAAAUGUUUGAGACCACCGCUAAAGCUGAACACAAAAAGCUUUGUGUUGAUUGUUACCGGCUCUGUCCCGUCUUCUGUGCCUGCUCAAGGGCUUUUAGCAUCUGUGUCGCUAGUGUAACACUGAAACAUAUUCUGCCUUAUUUGCACGUCAGUCACACAGGCCAACCAAUCACAAGUGCCAUAAUCUUUCAUCAGGCCACUCCCACCAUAAAUAUGGUGGGUUGUCUUAACUCGGUGCAACACAUAUAGUUGUUAUUGUUGUGUGAUAGUAGUCAACACUGCCAUUUUACCUUAUCAUAGCAACAUGUUUGCACUGCUAGCCAUUUGAAGAUUAAACAAGCUGUGUGUUGCAUGACAGUUUAAGGAUUCACUUCACAGGCUGAGAAGUGGACGUACGUACAUACAUACACACAUCCUACAGCCAAAUUCAAGCUAAUGCUACUGCUUUUUGUGUUGUUAUCUCUGUGGCCAAUUUCUAAGUCAAGACUGUAUGUGUGUGCGUGUGUGUGUGUAUGAAAUGCGAGAAAAUCUGAAGUCUUUACUAUUUUAUGUAACCAGAGCCUUGGUGAGUGUCUCUGAGCCUCUUUUUACCCUCACCCUAUGUUUGAAAAGAUCAUCAUGAUGAAAUUAGCUAAAUAUACAAGUAGAUAGCUUACUAAAUAAUGUUAUUGUUGCAUUAUUGCAAUUGUUUCAAAAUAUAAGGAAAACCGAUGUAUUCUUUGGUGCCUGAUUGUAGCUCCAUUUUACUUUUUGUUUUUAAUCUGUGGAUAAAUUAAUAUUUUAAUUAAAAAUUUUAAUCUGGAUCAACUGUUUCCUGUGCCUUUGCUAUUUUCAUUUCCUUUAGUCAUCUAUACAUAUGGAUGAAAAGUAUCAGUCAUUCUCAACCAGGGGCCUCAGUGAACAUCCAAGCAUGACUUAAAAUGAGUUAACUUUAUACAUUUCUAUAAUUACAUAAACUCUAAUCCAAAUUGAAAUGCCAAAUAAAAUCAAGAUGUAAUCUGAAAA